UACCUAAAGAGCCGAAACGAUUCUGAAUUUUGAUUGACGUUCUCGGUUUAUCAGAAUUUCAUAUACUGGCGGUAUUCCGUCGUUUUCCGUAAUGGGUAUGCCAAGUGAGGACGUGGUGUUGAUUGAGAAGGGGAAGAAAGUUGGUGAACCCACUGUGAUCACCGUGAAUUGCCCCGGAAGAACUGGAUUGGGCUGCGACCUCUGCAGAAUCAUUCUCGAAUUCGGCCUUCGCAUUACGAAGGCAGAUGUCUCAACUGAUGGGAUUUGGUGCUACAUCGUCUUAUGGGUGGUUCCUUAUCUUGACUCGCUCACUGUGAGAUGGGCAAGUUUAAAGAAUCGGCUUCUAUCUGAAUGCCCUUCUUGCGCAUUUACGUUUUUCUUCAGCCAACCCUCAAAUUGCUCUAAAACUUCUCCGGUUUACCUUAUGAAAUACUGUUGUCAUGACCGCAAGGGUUUGCUACACGAUGUCACUCAGGUCCUUUGUGAGCUUGAGCUUAUUAUUCAGAGAGUAAAAGUGAUGACAACCCCUGAUGGCAGGGUUGUGGACCUCUUCUUCGUAACAGAUAGCAUGGACCUUCUACACACAAAACAGAGGUGGGAUGACACAUGUAAACAGCUACAUGCUGUUUCGGGAGAAUCAUGUAUCAUGUGUGACCUUCAGUUGGCAGGGCCCGAAUAUCAAACACAACUGGGAGUAUCUUCUCUUCCACCAGAGGUUGCUGAGGAACUAUUUAGUUGUGAAUUAUUGGACAAGGAAACCCGUUCUCAAGCUCUUACUCCAGAUUUGACGGAACUGAAGAAGGCUAGUGUUGUGAUAGACAAUUCAUUGAGCCCUGCUCAUACGCUGCUUCAAAUACGUUGUGUUGAUCAAAAGGGCCUUCUCUAUGACAUUAUGAGGCCUUUGAAGGACUACAAUAUUCAGAUUGCAUAUGGACGAUUCUCAUCAAAUAACAAAACUUACCGGGAUAUGGACCUAUUUAUCCAGCAAACGGAUGGAAAGAAGAUUGUGGAUGUGGACAAGCAGACUGCCUUGUGUUCCCGUUUAAAGAUGGAGAUGCUUCACCCAUUGCGGGUGAUAAUUACCAACCGUGGGCCAGAUACUGAACUCUUGGUUGCUAACCCAGUUGAAUUAUCUGGAAAGGGAAGACCUCGUGUUUUCUACGAUGUUACCCUUGCUCUGAAAGUGCUGGGUAUCUGCAUUUUCUCGGCUGAUAUUGGAAGGUAUUCUACACCGGAUCGUCAAUGGGAAGUCUAUAGAUUCCUUCUGGAUGAAAGCUGUGGUUUUCAACUGUCAAACAGUCAGGCUAGAAAUCAUAUUGUAGACAGAGUGAGAAGAACUUUAAUGGGAUGGUGACCAUC